AUGGAUAUACCCUCUUCCGAUGGAAUCCCUCUCUCUACUACGACUCAGCCCUUUCAACGCGUUCUAAGCCUGGCUGUCAUCGAGACUUGCAUACGUUGCUGUCAGAAUGGAAAAUCUUGCACCUACAAACAAUAUCAUCAAGAGGUAGCGCAGUCGGGGACGUCCCGGAGUGCAUUGAAACGUUGUGAUCGUUGCAAGUCGACCAAACAACGAUGUGUUAGGCCAGGUGAGCUGGAGGACAAGACUCUAUCCAGGAAACGUCUCACAGUCGACCAUUCCGACCUGAUCCCUAUCAAAUACCCACUGAAGCACACGAGCGUCAGUACCUGUGCUCAGGCAGAGAAUUCCGCUUCCUCAAGCACCCUUGUGGUUGGAAGUGAUGGAGAGGAGAGAAGAAAAAAGCAGUCUGGGACGCGGAAGACCUUGCCCACGUUUACCUCUGGUUCCCAGGUAAAAGUAAAGGUGACAAAAAAGAGAUCUACAACCGUAGGGAUCCAAAUACAACUUGAUGGCAAGGUUGUCAGUACCACUGCGCAUCCAAAUACGACUGCAUCGACUUCUCGAGGUAAUCCCCCCGCAUUGCAGCAUAACGCAUCGCAUACCGCUCCCGCGAUAUUUUCUCCUUCCAUACCAGGUCCCGCUGAAUAUGCUUGUCGAUCCUUAGGAGAUACUUCGACAUUAGCGUCCUCCCCCACUGCCAAGCAUGUGGCCACCUGCUUUCCCAACACUUCCACUGUGGACGUGUCAGUCGAGGACGAGCAUAAGAAGAGACUAGAUGAUAACACAACGCUAUGCAUAGUUUCCAAGGCCAGCGAGGAACUGAACCCAUCUCCCUUUGCUCAAGCAGGUCUAUCAACAAUUCGCUCGGCUUCUAUCUCCGCUUCCUCUACAGUUGUCAGUGAGACAGAUGAAGUAACAAUUGCAGAUCAGAAUCUUCCCACAGAACAUCCACAUGUCCUAGAGAGGAGUGCCACCGCUCAGCACUCACGAUCUACCCAGGUGUCGGACACUAAGCAUGCGAAGCAUGUGCAGAGUCUCGAUACGGCAAACGCAGACAUCAGACCUGCGAAACGUGCGCGUAGAGAAACUACCUCCACAUUCACACAGUGUGCACGGCAUCCCGUCUUCUGGCAUGUCGAUGGUUCGGUCAUCUUACAGGUGGAGAACACUCUCUUUAAGCUGCACAGAUCUCGCCUUGCGCAAGACUCGAGUUACUUCGCGGAUCUGUUCAACAAUAGUUCUUCGCGUAAUAGCAAGUCUCCUGACGACAGCCCGAUUAAAGGAAUCAGCAAGACAGACGACCUGGAGCGUGAUUUCAUGGAUGGUUGUCUGGUGUACAAGAUGCCAGACGACGUAAGUGUGGACGACUUUGCAAACCUGAUGACGGCCCUGGAGAAUGCAAUUGCCUACACGUUCAAACCACCUUCGUUUUCAGUGCUUGCAUCAACCCUCCGUGCUGCACAUGCCCUGUCCUUCUCGAAAAUCGUCGAAUUCGCGAUUCACUUUCUUCGCCCAAUGUGGCCUUCCGAUCUUUCCCUUCUGUCUCCAGAGAGAAAACCUCAUGCGGCAGAGAUGGUCGUACUCGCACAGAAGUGCGCGUUGCCAGAGAUGUUGAAGCGCGCAUACUACGAACUCUUGCGGACGCCCCACUUCUCACAAUGGGAGGACAGCGAUGAGGACAUGUAUGCAGACGACGCUGCCGAGGCGCGCGGCCACCACCAUCUCAGUAACGCAGAUCUCAUGCGUCUGAUCAUUGCACGGGAGAAAUUACAGCGCACAUGGUUGCAUAUUGCCUGCAAGGCUCUCGACCCCUCCACUCUGAGAUGCUCACUCAGUCAGACAGAGGGAGGUAGGCCCGUGCUACUGCGCUGUCGCGUGGCUCGUGGGGAGAGUUUGGAGUCCUGGACGGUUGCGAUAAAGCAAGAGCCCGUGCUGGAGGAGGGUAUGUUCGAUACGAUAUGCGCACUGCAGAAACUCAUAGACAUGGAAUGGGGAAAAUUGGGCUAUUGUACGGGAUGUAUUGAUGCGAGGAAGGAGAUGUGGAAGGCACAAAAAGAGAAGCUUUGGAGGGAUCUGGAUGUGUGGUUGGACGUGCGGACAGUGACCAGUUCCGGGGUGCUGCAGCCGUUGUCGGAGGAGGUUAUUUACAAAUUUCAGUGA